UAUCAAGUGAGGUAAUCAAUUCAUUAACUUUGCAGAAUUCUUCCACCCCUGCACUCGGCAGAAAAAGCCUCUUGUACAUCGCAGCUAAUGGAAUUCACUACGAAGCUGAUUCACAACCUGAUGGCGGAUCAACCUUUUUUCAAAGUGAAGAUAAAAGUUGGGGUUUGAGUAGUAUGGGGAUAUUCCUUGGAACAAAUCAUAACCAGUACACCGUGGACGUGGAGAAACCAUUAUGUGGAAUUUCCAGUGAUGAUGCACCUUUAUACAAGACAGCUCCUGCAUCCCCCGUGUCCUUGAAGUAUUAUGGAUUUUGUAUGAAAAAUGGUAAAUACAAAGCGAAGCUUCACUUUGCAGACAUAGAAUACGGCGAAAAUAGAGAUCCUAGCAGUAAGGGGAAACGCCAGUUUGAUGUGGCAAUUCAAGACAAGAAGGUGCAAGAAAAUUUCAAUAUAAGAGAAGCAGCAAAGGGAAUAAAUGGAAGUGUAACUUUGGACUUUAUUGCUACUGUGAAGAACAACCGACUGGAUAUCCACUUAUACUGGUCUGGAAAGGGUUCGAUUAGUUCUCCAAUGGAGUAUUAUGGUCCUCUUAUAUCUGCCAUUUCGGUUUCUCCUGUUCCAAGAAAAUCUGGCAGAAAACCAUCAGCAAUGAGUAUUGCUACACUUAGAGGCUCUGCUUUACUUUUGCCACUACUGGUUGCAGUUUCCAUUUGCCAAAUGGGCUGGUUAGGUGGCAAAGGAUAAUCUCAGAGUGAAGGUGAGAAUAAUUAAAUUGUGUCGAACUCAUACCAGCAGGUUCUUUUAACUUCCGGGAAGUAAAAGCUGCCACUCAAAAUUUUAGUCCUUCAAACAAGAUUGGUGAAGGAGGAUGUGGACCUGUUUUUAAGGGAGUUCUUCCAAAUGGAGCAGCAAAUAGCUGUCAAAAAACUGUCUUAGAAAUCGAAGCAAGGAACUCGGAGAGUUUUUGAAUAUGGAGCAUCAAAAUAUCCUACUGUCGUUAUAAUAAUACAAUCCUAAGUAAUGCAAGUAUAUGGUUAGGUGCAGGACCUGAAUAACUGAAAUUAAGACUCAACUGGCCAACCAGGUUUAAAAUUUGCCUUGGCAUAGCUAGAGGUCUGGCAUUUCUCCACGAAGAAUCCAAACUGAGUAUUGUACAUGGAGAUAUUAAGCCCACAAAUGUGCUACUUGACAAGGAUCCAAUGCAAAGAUAUCAGAUUUUGGACUGGCUAAACUCUAUGAAGCAGAACAUACACUUGUUAUCACUAGAAUUGCCGGAACCAGUUAAAGCUUUCCAUACCUCUAAGGAUUGUUAUUUUGCGGGAAAAACAUUAUCUCAGUAAAUUUACGGAGAUUUUUUUUUUUCUGAAACAUAUUGAAAUCUUUAUUGUCCUAA